CUGCACGGCCAGCUCGGCGCGGUUGGGUCUCUGCAGCCGGGUCGUGAGUGAGCGAGUGAGUGACAUCGCUUCUUUUUUGUCGGUCGGCUGCCCCCCCCCGCCCCCGCGCUCCUUCGCUGUGGUCGCCUGGCCGGGCUGCGGAAGAGCCCCUGUGGGUUGCCAUGCCUGCCCUGGUGCACGCAUGAAAGACGCCGCCGCCGCCUCCGUCAGAGCCAUGGAGGAGCCAACGCCGGAAUGCAGCUGCUCGGCAAGCAGGCAAGAGUGCAGAUUUGAAGAUGCUACUUGCAAGAUAUCUGAAUCUGAUACUGAAGACUUAUCAGAUGAAGCAAAUUCUGAAACUUUCUAUGGAACCUCCCCUCCUAGUACACCACGGCAGAUGAAACGCCUGUCAACGAAACAUCUGAAAAGUAACGUUGGGAAACUUACCAACCGUUCUGCUUUGAAAGAGAAAAUGAGCUCACCCAACCAGCUGCCUAACAAAGAUAAUAUUAAAAUCUCCGAAAACUCAGAAGAGCACAGCUAUAAGCAGGGGAAAAAGAUCCGAGCCACCCUAAGGACAACUGAGAGGGAUCACAAAAAAAACGUACAGUGUUCGUUCAUGUUGGAUUCGGUUAGUGGGUCCUUACCAAAAAAGUCGAUUCCAGAUGUUGAUCUCAAUAAGCCUUACCUCAGCCUUGGCUGCAGCAAUGCUAAGCCUCCAGUAUCUGUACCCGUGCCUAUAGCCAAAACUACACGCCAGACGUCUCGUACCGAUUACCCAGCAGACCGCUUGAAAUUUUUUGAGACCCUGCGGCUAUUGCUAAAGCUUACCUCAGUUUCCAAGAAAAAGGACAAAGAGCAGAAAGGCCAGGAAAGCACUUCCUCUGUUGAAUUAAACCGAUCCAAUGAAUUAAUCUGGCUUGAACUGCAGGCAUGGCAUGCAGGGCGGACUAUUAAGGACCAAGACUUCUAUUUGUACACAGCUCGUCAAGCCAUCCCUGAUAUUAUCAAUGAAAUUUUUACUUUCAAGGUAAACUAUCGGAACCUCUCCUGUGUGGGAAAUGGAGCUAGUCUUAAUGGUACGUCGACAAGACAGUGUAAAGCAGCCCAUGGAGCUAAUGUAAUGGGCUACUCAAGCUAUCACGAGCACCUCCAUCGCCAGCGGGUCUCUUUUGAACAGGUAAAGCGGAUAAUGGAGCUGUUAGAAUACGUAGAAGCACUUUAUCCAUCUCUGAAGGCCCUUCAAAGUGACUAUGAAAAAUAUGCUGCAAGGGAUUUUCAAGACAGGGUGCAGGCACUUUGUCUUUGGUUAAACAUUACAAAAGAUUUAAAUCAGAAACUAAGGAUUAUGGGGACUGUUUUGGGCAUCAAGGAUCUUUCUAACAUUGGCUGGCCAGUGUUUGAAAUCCCUUCUCCUCGUUCAUUCAGGGACAAUGAUUCAGAGGAUGAAGUUUACGAUGAAGAUGAGGACGAUAGGGUAACCUCAGGUGCGUGCACAGAGGAAAGUGAAGGUGAAGAACAAAUCUCUGAGGAGAAUCUCAUAAGACAAGCCAUCUGGAAAAAUCUUGCCAAUGAGACAAAUUUUGACUUUGAGGCACAGGAUCAUUUGUCAAGAAAGCUUGAUAGGCUUGAAUCUGAAGAUGACUCAACCCGCGGGGCAGUUACAGAGUGCAACAGAGACCCAGGCUGCAGUGGAGAUUUGACCUCUAUUUAUAGGCCAUUUGUAGAUAAAGCACUGAAACAGAUGGGGUUGAGGAAACUCAUUUUAAGACUGCACAAGUUAAUGCAUGGUUCCUUGCAGAGGGCCCGAAUGGCAUUGAUAAAGAACGAUCAGCAGCUGGAGUUUUCUGAAUACCCAGAUCCCAUUUUAUGUUCAGAUUAUGUGCAGUUGUCAAAUUCUCCAGCUUCUUCAGAUCAAAAAUGCAGUACUGUAUCAUGGGAAGAGUUGAAAUCUAUGGAUUUGCCAUCUUUUGAACCUGCCUUUCUGGUUCUUUGCCGAGUUCUUCUCAAUGUUAUCCAUGAGUGUCUCAAAUUAAGAUUGGAACAGCGGCCUGCUGGGAAGUCAUCCCUCCUGAGUAUUAAGCAGCUAGUGCGCGAGUGUAGAGAGGUUCUAAAAGGUGGCCUCCUGAUGAAGCAAUAUUACCAGUUUAUGUUACGUGAGGUUGUGGAUGACCUUCAGGACCACUGCAACAUCGACUAUUUCGAAAAUGACUUGCAUAAGAUGUUAAUGGUUUAUGUUAAUUACAUGCAAAACUGGAUCGAAAUGCUACAGCAGUUACCUCAGGCAUCUCAUAGCUUAAAAAAUCUUUUGGAAGAAGAAUGGAAUUUCACCAAAGAAAUAGCGCCUUAUAUACAAGGAGGUGAAGCUGAAGCUGGAAAACUAUUCUGUAAGAUUGCAGGAAUACUAUUAAAAUCAACAGGAAUCUUUCUGGACUCUGGCUUACAAGAGAGCUGUAAUGAAUUUUGGGCUAGUGCUGAUGAUAGUGCUGCUUCAGAUGAAAUCAGGAGGUCUGUUAUAGAAACCAGCCGGGCAUUGAAAGAGCUAUUUCAUGAAGCUAGAGAGAGAGCAUCGAAAGCUCUUGGCUUUGCCAAGAGAUUAAGAAAGGACCUUGAAAUAGCAGCGGAGUUCACAUUAUCUGCCUCUGUGAGGGAUUUCCUUGCUGUUCUGAAAGCACAGCAGUACACAAAGGUACAAAUUCCUGGGCUUGAAAAUUUACAAAUUUUCGUGCCAGAUACUUUUGCACAGGAAAAAUCUCUUAUCUUGCAGUUGCUUAAUGCAGCUGCAGGAAAGGAUUGCUCGAAAGAUUCUGAUGAGGUUGCAGGGGAAUCGUUUUUACUGAUGACAAAAUACAGUGAAAAAGACCAAGAAUUUGAUGAUAGCUGGAGCACUUGGGAAGGCCAGCCAAUCAAAAUAGUUCCUCAAGUGGAAACUAUUAAUACACUGAAAAAUAUGAAGGUUGACAACCUCCUCCUUGUGGUAAUGCAGCCGGUUCAUCUUGUAAACCAGAGAAAAUCCUUUCAGCAGUUACUUGAAGGAUUGAUCUCUUUGCAGCAGGAGCAAACUUCCAGCCAACCGGAAAUUGCCAAAGCUUUGCAAGAGUUGAAGAGUGAUGCUUUGCACCUGUGCAAUAAAAUAAGCAGCGCAAUCGAUAGAGUUGAUCAUAUGUUCACUUCCGAAUUUGAUGCUGAAUUUGAUGAAUCAGAAUUUGCCACCCUGCAGCAAUAUUAUAGAGAAGCCAUGAUUCAGUGUUACAACUUCGGCUUUGAGUAUCACAAAGAAGUCAUCCGACUAAUGUCUGGAGAAUUUAGACAGAAAAUUGGAGACCAGUAUAUCAGUUUUGCAAGAAAAUGGAUGAAUUAUGUCCUCACUAAAUGUGAGAGUGGACGUGGCACCAGGCCCAGGUGGGCAACACAGGGGUUUGAUUUUCUUCAAGCCAUUGAACCAGCCUUUAUUUCUGCUCUGCCUGAAGAUGAUUUCUUGAGUUUGCAGUCAUUGAUGAAUGAAUGCAUUGGCCAUGUUAUAGGAAAGCCUCACAGUCCUGUUACAGCUAUUAAUCGGAAUAGUCCUCGUCCCGUGAAAGUACCUAGAUGCCACAGUGAUCCCCCAAAUCCUCACCUCAUCAUCCCAACACCUGAAGGGUUCAGCACAAGGAAUAUCCCAUGUGAUGUACGGAACCAUUGCAGCCCUGCUUUCAGUCGCCCCACUCCUGUUGGGAGUGACUCAACUCAGCCAAAACCCGUCAGCAGUGCAAAUGACCUCAGAGGCUCCAGUGUUCCUGAAAAUGAUCGCCUGGCUUCAAUUGCUGCUGAACUACAGUUUAGAUCACUAAGCCGACAUUCAAGUCCCACAGAAGAAAGAGAAGAGCCAUCUUAUCCAAAAGGGGAUACAAGUGGAACAGCCCGAAAAAGUUGGGAGCUUCGGACGCUUAUCAGUCAGACCAAAGACACUGCUUCCAGACAGGGACCCAUGGAAGCAGUUCAAAAAUCUGUCCAGCUGUUUGAAGAAAAGAGGUAUCGGGAAAUGAGACGGAAAAACAUCAUUGGCCAAGUUUGUGACACGCCCAAAUCCUGUGAUAAUGUUAUGCAUGUAGGCUUAAGAAAGGUCACUUUUAAGUGGCAAAGAGGAAACAAAAUUGGAGAAGGCCAAUAUGGGAAAGUUUAUACCUGUAUCAGCGUGGACACUGGUGAAUUGAUGGCAAUGAAAGAAAUAAGAUUUCAACCCAACGAUCACAAAACGAUCAAAGAAACUGCAGAUGAACUGAAAAUUUUUGAAGGCAUUAAGCAUCCUAAUCUGGUCCGCUACUUUGGUGUAGAACUUCACAGGGAAGAAAUGUACAUCUUUAUGGAGUAUUGUGACGAGGGGACUCUGGAAGAAGUGUCAAGGCUGGGCCUCCAGGAGCAUGUUAUUAGACUCUACACAAAGCAGAUCACAACUGCCAUCAAUGUGCUGCACGAACAUGGUAUAGUGCACCGAGAUAUUAAAGGAGCAAACAUAUUCCUUACAUCAUCAGGAUUGAUAAAGCUGGGAGAUUUUGGCUGCUCGGUAAAAUUAAAGAAUAAUAUGCAGACAAUGCCUGGAGAGGUGAAUAGUACCCUGGGAACUGCUGCAUACAUGGCUCCUGAAGUGAUUACCAGAGCGAAAGGAGAAGGCCACGGGCGAGCAGCAGACAUCUGGAGCCUUGGAUGUGUUGUGAUCGAAAUGGUCACAGGGAAGAGACCCUGGCAUGAAUUCGAACACAACUUUCAGAUCAUGUACAGGGUAGGGAUGGGUCAUAAGCCUCCGAUUCCUGAAAGGAUAAGUCCAGAAGGAAAAGGUUUCCUUUCUCAUUGCCUGGAAAGUGAUCCAAAGAUGAGAUGGACAGCUAGCCAGCUCCUCGAUCAUUCGUUUGUCAAGGUGUGCACAGAUGAAGAAUGAAGCUAUGCACAUGGUUGCCUGUACUCGGGUGAAGUAUUUUUGAAUCACUACUAUAUGUAAUAUUUACAUUUGGACUGUGUUAAGGCACAGGAUAUGACUCAAGGCCUAACAUGACUGAAGACUGCACAAGUGACAGGCGUCACUUUUACUGCUGCUGCUGUUUGUUUCCCUUGGCACCUGUUGUUCCCUUGGCAGCCCCCCUGAGUUUAAAGAAGCUGCAUGUUUCAGUGAAAGUGCCAUUACUACUGUAUAAUGGACCAUGAACUUAUUUUUGUCCUUUCUCUGUUUCUCAGAUGACUGAGAACUGUAAUGUUAAUAUGUAGGAUUUUUGAGCUUUUAGGUUCAAAAACAAAGUUAGUGUUAUAUCAGGCAGUCUGAACUUUAUUUUUAAUCUCCUGUUUGUUGAGUGCACUGACUGUGAACUUCUACUUUUCUGUUUUUGUUUUUGUUUUUUAUUGGCCAGCUUGAUUUGUUAUGCGGACGUUGAUUGAAGAAUAAAUUUAAAAGCUUUUUCUCAAUAAAUGGUUUAUUUUAGGAAGUCUUUUGUUUCCUAUUUUGUUUGAAGCUGAUACUUAAAAUGGCUUUAUCAUCCUCGGGAGUCUUAUGUGAGGGUUGCCCUUGUGUUUCAAACGGUGUAGCUAUUUGAGCUAUAGUUUGGAUAGGCUUUUAAUAAUUUGGGUGAAGUAACACCUUUACUCUUGCUCACAGUUAUGCUUAUGUCUGGCCACUAAAGAGCUACUGAAAUGUGAAUCCAGCUCUUCAGAUGUAACUGAUGUAGGAAUCAGUUAUGUUGCUCACCUGCAGUUAUAGUCUUCAGCGACAUAUUGGGCUGUGGGUUUAACUCACUACUACUACGCUAGCUCUUUCUCCCCAAAUCAAAAUUCAGAGUUGCAAGUGAAAUGAAGCUUCUAUAAAUAAUUCCUUUAAACAAUUCAGGGGUUCAUUUCCUUGACCAAAUACCAAGUACCAAAUUCAUCUCAUAGAGAAAGGUAGUUAUCAGCUAAGACUAGCUAAGUUGCAUAUGAUUAUCAAAGCAAAAGUCUAGCAAAGAAAGAGUGAUUCAAUUUAUGCACAUUUGGCUACCGUUAUAAGGGCUUAA